CCCCUUGCUCUUCUCAAGUGGCAGAUUCACCCCUCGAUCUCGUCAAGCUCCAUCGAUCCAAGAAUCGUACGCAUCGUCAAGAUGAAGGCUACCGUCGCUUCCCUGCUCGCCAUGGCGUCCCUGAGCUAUGCUCAGACUGCCAACACCAGCGAGCCUACUCUCGCUGAGAUCGAGAAGGCUGCUGCCACCGUGGAGCCCUAUUCCCCUACCUCCGACGUCAAGGGUCUUGUCUUCGACAAGUUCUACCAGGUGUGGCUGGAGAACAUUGACUACGACGUUGCCGCUAACGACACCAACAUGCAGUGGUUGGCCGAGCAGGGUAUCCUCCUGACCAACUACUAUGGUACCACUCACCCCUCCGAGCCCAACUACUGCGCCUCGGCCUCGGGUGACAACUUCGGCAUGGACAACGACGAUUUUCACCAGAUUCCCUCCAACGUGUCGACCAUUGCCGAUCUUUUCGACACCAAGGGCAUUGCUUGGGGUGAAUACCAGGAGGGUCUGCCUUAUGCUGGAUUCCAGGGUUACAACUACUCUAACCAGGAGACUUAUGCGAACGACUACGUCCGCAAGCACAACCCCCUUAUCCUCUUUGACUCUGUCACUUCGAACAGCACCCGCUUGCGCAUGAUCAAGAACUUCACUUCCCUGUACAAUGACUUGGACAACGAGAAGCUCCCCCAGUAUGCUUUCAUCACCCCCAACAUGACCAACGACGCCCAUGACACCAACAUCACUUUCGGUGCCAAGUGGGAGCGUGGCUUCAUCUCGGAUCUGCUUAACAACACCUACUUCAUGAACAACACCCUCGUCCUCCUGACCUUCGACGAGGAUGAUACCUAUGCUAAGGGUAACAGAGUCUUCAGCAUCCUCCUGGGAGGUGCUGUCCCCGACAGCCUGAAGGGAACCACUGACGACACCUUCUACACCCACUACUCCAUCAUUGCCUCCCUCUCUGCCAACUGGGGUCUUCCCUCCCUGGGUCGCUGGGACUGCGGUGCCAACAUUCUGGAGAUUGUCGCCAACGAGACUGGUUACGUCAACUAUGAUGUUGAUACCACCAACCUUCACCUCAAUGAGACCUACCCCGGUCCUCUCUCUGACAGUAUCUACUCAGAGUACUCCUCUGUGUGGCCUGUCCCCCUGACCAACGCCACCUGCUCGGCUGGCAAUGGUAUCCUCGAUAUCGUCAAGGAGACCUACAAGGGCCGCGAGGCUACCUUCAACUACACCCACCCCUUCCCCUAUGACACCGCGUCCAACUACAACGUCGAUGUCACCUUCACUCCUCUUCCUCCUCUUCCGCUGCCUCCUCUCACAUGAUCCCUGCCCUCAGCACCCUUUCCCUUGGUUUCCUCGGUGCUCU